AUGGCCGAUUCAACAACUCCAUCACAACCUCCAGCGCCGCCUUCGUCGCAACCACCACCUUCAUCCCAGAUCGGUUCACAAGAGCUUCCACCAUCAUCAACACAGGCAACAGUACCAGGAGAGUCAUUGGGUACUUCUGACCCCCCGGUUGUACCGAAACAGGAGCCAAAUACAACGGAUGUCGAAGCCCUUGACGCCUCCAUCGAGCAGGAUAUCGAUAUGAACACCGGUGGCAUUACCAACGCUGCAGGCGCAAGCGACGGAGAUAAUACGAUAGGGAACCCUGUCCAAGAUGCAGUGCCUACAUCUGUCGACGCUAUAGCAGCGGCAGUGGCGCCGUCGAAGAAAGAGACGAGUUUGCGCGAGUUUCUGGGCAAGAUGGAUGAUUAUGCGCCUAUUAUCCCAGACGCGGUAACAGCUCACUAUCUCACCCUCGCCGGCCUACCACCCCCAGGAAACGGACCGAACCAAACCCCCCCACAUCUCGCCCGACUCCUCGCUCUCGCAACACAGAAAUUCAUUGCUGAUAUCGCGGCGGACUCAUAUCAGUACGCCCGUAUCCGAGCCUCGAACAGUACAUCAGCCAGCAACCCCAUGGGCAGUCUGAACGCUGCCUCCGGUCUGAACAUGCCCGGCGGUGCUGGAGCCGGCGCAGCAGGCGGCGCAGCGGGCGUUGGUGGCGGCGACGCAGGCAAAGGCAAAGCGAACACACAUCUGGGCAUUCAGCGUCCUGGUUUUGGCGGUGGUGGCUCCGGUGGCUCUGGGCAAGGUCGGACGGUGCUCACCAUGGAAGACUUGGGCAUGGCUGUUGCAGAGUAUGGUGUCAGCGUCAAGAGAGGGGAGUUUUACCGGUAG